AUGAGCUUUCUAAGUACAGUCUAUGUCCUUUUCUUCUUCUUUGGAGUCAAGGUAUAUUGCCAAUAUCAAAUUUAUCAGUGGGAUGAAGAUUAUGACCCAGAGCCAAGUGAGGAUUAUGAGCCAGAAUUCCAGUUUCAUCCAAAUAUAGAAUAUGGAAUUCCUUAUCAGCAUAUUUCAGGUUGUGCCAGUGAAUGCUUCUGUCCAACUAACUUUCCAUCAUCAAUGUACUGUGACAAUCGCAAACUCAAGACAAUCCCAAAUAUUCCAAUGCAUAUUCAGCAACUCUAUCUUCAGCUCAAUGAAAUUGAAGCUGUGACAGCAAGUUCAUUCACCAAUGCAACUAAUCUUAAAGAAAUUAACCUCAGUCACAACAAAAUUAAAUCUCAAAAGAUUGACUAUGGUGUGUUUGCUAAGUUUUCAAGUCUACUACAACUUCACCUUGAGCAUAACAAUUUAGAAGAAUUUCCAUUUCCUCUUCCUAAAUCUCUGGAAAGACUCUUUCUUGGUUACAAUGAAAUUUCCACACUGCAAACAAAUGCCGUGGAUGGACUGGUAAACUUGACCAUGCUUGAUCUCUGUUAUAAUCAUCUUCGUGAUUCUAUGUUAAAAGAAAAACACCUUGCCAAAAUGGAAAAAUUGAUGCAGCUCAACCUAUGUAAUAACAGAUUGGAAUCAAUGCCUCCUGGACUGCCUUCUUCACUUAUGUAUCUAUCUUUAGAAAAUAAUUCUAUCUCUUCUAUACCAGAGUAUUACUUUGACAAACUUCCAAAACUUCAUGCUCUAAGAAUGUCACACAACAAACUGCAAGACAUUCCAUAUAAUAUUUUUAAUCUUUCCAAUCUUAUAGAGCUCAAUGUUGGACACAACAAAUUGAAGCAAGCAUUCUACAUUCCAAGAAAUUUGGAACACCUAUACCUAGAAAAUAAUGAAAUAGAAAAUGUCAAUGUGACAAUGAUGUGUCCCUUUGUUGACCCACUACAGCAGCACCAUUUAACAUAUCUUCGUGUGGACCAAAAUAAGCUAAAAGAGCCAAUUAGUUCAUAUAUCUUCUUCUGCUUCCCUCAUAUACACAGUAUUUAUUAUGGUGAACAAAGAAGCACUAAUGGUCAAACGAUACAACUGAAGACCCAAGUUUUUGGCAGGUUUCAAGAUGAUGAUGAGGAGGAAGAUCAUGAUAAUCAUGACAACACUCCUGUGAGUCAAGAACAAGAAGGGUCAGAAGAACACUUUGAUCCUCAUUACUAUGACAUUCAGGAAUGGCAAGAAAUUAUAUAGUCAUACAUUUAUGACUUCAGAAAACCUUACUACUCAAUAUAAAUACAAAUAUACAUUGCUCGAAGUAAUAUAGUUAGAAUUGUGUAUUAGUAUAAGAUCAAUAU